UUUAAUCUGGUUUUAAAGUAACUCCCUUUCCUGACACAUUGCUGCAUUUCAUGAAGGUGUUUAUUCAGUGGAUAGUCAACCGAGGGGGAGUGUCCAGCCCUCUACUCUGAACAUAAAAGCGCCUGCCAACAGUACAGACGCCAAAGUCAGCCUUUUUAUACGCCCGACUCUGUGCAAUCCUCGAGAUGGCGAUCACUCGGACCAAGGCUUGUUGCGGUGUGUUUUUAAUUCUGCUCAUUGUGACUGUGGCCGUUGCUUUGAUCGCCACUUUGGUUGUGAAGUCCAGACGCUUACCCAAAGACAGGGAUUGCUUCAGGUAUGUUGCUGUGGCUGCCGACUCGGAGGUCUGUUCAGAAAUCGGCAGGCAAGUGUGUAAAGUAGAAUGUUCGGCAGUAGAUGGCGCCAUUGCAGCACUGCUGUGCACCUCGUUGAUGAAUCCGCAGAAUGGUGGAGGAGUGAUUUUCACAGUUUACAACGCCAACGGUACAGUUAAAAUCAUAAAUGCACGAGAAACUGUCCAGAGAAACGUCAAACCCGACCUGUUGGGAGAAUGUCCAAAGACCUUUCAGUUGAUGCCAGGCUCCAAGUGGAUGGGUGUGCCAGGAGAGAUCCGAGGCUACGCAGAGGCACACAGGCUGUAUGGCAAGUUACCCUGGAGAAUUCUGUUUCAACCUGCCAUCGAGCUGGCAAGACAAGGCUUCCCCAUCCCUGUAACACUGGGCUUGUACCUCAGAUAUGUUUCAAGAAGUAUUACAAAUUCAUCACUAUGUGCGGUGUUCUGUGAUGACAAAGGGGAAGUCUUAAAGGAAGGUCAGAUAGUUCGGUACCCCAAGCUGGCCGACACGCUGGAACUCAUUGCUGAUCACGGGCCCGAUGCUUUCUACAAGGGACCGCUAGUAGAGGCAAUGGUGCAAGACACAAAGAGCCAAGGUGGAACUCUGACUGCUGAAGACUUUGAAAACUUCAAAGCCAAAAUCCAAGAUCCCCUGCAAGUUGAGACGGGUGGUUAUUUAAUAUACAUGUGUGAUAGAGAGAGAAAGGAUCGAUGCUGUAAAUCUCCCUCCCGAUUAGAAAGGGCGCUGUGUAAGGGGGAAGGUACGCUGCCUCCUAGAUCUGCCACCUCGGUGGUAGGUGGAAACCGGAAGGUGACCAUAUUAGGAGGGGCGCGUAGCUGCAAGUACUCCGGACGAUUCCAGUGCAGUAGGCUGCGGGGCAGCCCUCUAUUGGAGAAACCAGGCAACGCUUUGACUGGAGGGAGGAGUUUGCUGGGUACAAAGGGGAAGCAGCUACGUCAAAACCUCCCCUUGUUUGGGAGAAUUCAGUCUGGACAUUCACUUUCUACAGCACCACACCAUUCACCGUGUCACAACAUGCCACCCCCGCCAGCAGGGGGCGCCGUUCUCAGCUUCAUACUCAAAGUCGUGGAAGGGUUCGGAUUAACUCCCGACUCUCUGAAGGGAGCGAAUAGAACCCUUACCUACCACCGCAUCAUCGAGGCUCUCAAAUUUGGAAAUGGCCAGAAGAGAAAUCCCAGCAUGAGUGCUGAAGAAGUCCAAAACUUGAUAUCUGAAGGUUUUGCCAAUCGUAUUAGAAAACUGAUCCACGACGACCGCACCCACCCUCUCCAGUAUUACUCUCGUUCCCCUGGCAGAGACUCUGUGGGCACUACCCACGUGUCUGUCCUCGCGGAGGAUGGGAGUGCCGUCUCUGUCACCAGCACCAUCAACCACAUCUUUGGCUCAAUGGUGUAUUCUCCAAAGACGGGUGUGAUUUUCAAUAACGAGCUUGCUGACUUCUGUGGGAAAGAAACAAGCAUUUUGCCAGGAGAACAGCCUCCUUCAUCGGUAGCUCCCCUUGUGUUUGUCAACAAGAGCAGAAACUCCAUGCUGGUGAUCGGUGGGUCUGGAGGGAGUAAGAUAACCAGCAGCACUGCUCAGGUUAUCAUGAAUCAUCUCUGGCUGGGCUAUGAUUUGAAAGACGCAAUAGGUGCUCCAGUGUUGUAUGUGACCCCGACGAACGAAGUGCAGUUUGAGAAGAACUUCAGCACGACUGUGAAAGAGGAGCUGAGAGCGAUGGGCCACACGGUGACAGAAAGCGCUCACUUUUUCAAUGUGGUGAAUGCCGUAUCAAAGCAAGGGGGGUGCAUCGCUGCAGUGUCAGAUGCCAGAAAGAAGGGUGUUGCAGCUGGAUAUUAACAAGCUGAUACCUGCCUGGCUCCAUAGACCAGGCUGCUCCUGGAAAACCAAGGCCACACUGCAUGUGGUUUUGCAAAGAAGGUGUGAGGAGUCUAUGUGGCACACUGCCUUGGUGAUUAGCCUUCUUGCCCUGGAGGCCUGAGCUCAUUGGACAGUCAACAUCACAAAACCAUCAACCAAGUUGGAAUAAUUACCAUCUGGCAAGGAAAUGGCACAGCUCCUGCUGUCCUUUACAUCCUUGAGUCAUUCAUGAGCGCCAACAACGUGAAUUCAGCACGUGUUCUAUUAUAGGAUCCAUUUGGAUCAGACCCAAAAUGUGAAAUGUGUACAUACUGUACAGUACAUUGGCCCAUAUGCCAAUACAGGCUGGCUGUUAUCAAGACCAGUGUAUUCUAGAGUUUAAAUGCUAAGAUACUUUUAAUUUGACAUAUAUUGUGGAGAACUGGGGAAUAUCUGGUAACAGACCUACACAGUCCCAUGUACACACUGUACUGUGCUGUGGAUGUGUCAUGUGUGCUGUUGUGUUGCUAUAUCGUUGUCGCCUGUAUAGUUUCUUGCAAUGCAGCUUGUGAAAGGUGUGUCUACAUAUGAUUUUGUGAGCAUCCUGUUCUGUAUCUACUGUAGUACGGUAUUGACUGAAAUAUACUGUGCCACUCAAUGUUAACCUUUCCUUUUUGGGGUAUUGCCUCUGAAACCCGCAGAUAACUGCAACAGCAGACUCGACCCACAGGCAAAGGGACAAGUACAUUGGGACAACCCAUUCCCCGGGUAUCCCAUGCUAAAGAGGCAGAAGGAUCUCGGGCAGUCUGUUAGGAUGUGUAUCUCGUACAGUUCAUUACAUGUUGCCGCUCAUCCUCUCUACCUUCCAUCGCUUUGAUCUGGGAUUGAUGCUGCUUGUUUUAUAUGCUUGUUUAAAUGUGGGUUCAUGAACAGAGUAUAAUAUCCCAUUAGUAUAUAGAGUAAGUAUCCAGUUGUUAGAUAAAGGUGAACAGUCCAUCUUGAACUGUCAAAGACAGCAAGCUGCAACCCCCUUCCAGCAGUGUUAUCGUAUCUCGAAGACUUUUAUUUUUGCCCCAGACCAUCAGCUGCUUUAAAAUCAAAUUUCUUUGUUUUUUAAAAAAAAAAAAAAAAAAAAAAAAAAAAUAGGACCUCUCAAACGCUUGAGUUGCGUUUACUUAGCAUUUACAGCCCCUUCAAGUAAACAUGUCCGAGUCGAGAGCACUUUCCAAAGACAGACAGUCUGGUGGUGCACUUAUUUCCUCUUUAAGAGGGAAUGCAACCCUGGCAUUACAUUGAAAAGAACUUCAGCUCUUUGACAGGGUGACACGUGCAGAGCGUCCCUGAGCUACAGAGUUCCCUCCUCUCACUACAUUUGUCUUUUUGUGCUUCACUGUUGACAACUACAAUUAAGUUCACAUGGACUGAUUUAAAUAUGUAGAUUGUAAUUUUUAUACCUCAUUGUUUUUGUACAUGUUAAAAGGAUUUAUUAACUGUAUAUGUACAAAUUAGACGAUGAGUCCAUAUGUUUUAUUUUCU